UUACAAAUAGACCACUAAAAAACUUAUGGUAUAAAUAGAUCUUUUUGACCGUGCUAAUGUCAUUGGCGCCGUCGUCGUCGUAUAGUACAACGUGAAUGACAUUGACGCCGUCCCAACGACGCUAAUGGUGUUGGCGUGAUAAAAAUGUAAGUUUUUUUUUCUAUUUGUAAAAUAAUUUUUUUAAAAAGAUCAAAAUAUCAAAAUUUCAUACGGAAGGCGAUCGCGCGUCGGGAGGGCGACCGACCGCACGCGGAUUAACCCUCCCGGCGAUGAUGUGUCCCACCCUCGAGGACGCGUCUCCUAGCUGAACUGGGCCUAUCUGGGCCGGCUCGCGGUGCCAGGCUGGAUCCAGCUGACCCCACCAGCAGGAAGCAAGCAACCGAAGGUACUAGAACUUUCUAGACUCCUGUCCGGUUGUUCGGCUGACGUGGCGCGUCUCCUUUGUUCCUCUCCACGGCAUGGCCACCGCAAGGUCGAGACAAUAUAAACCCCUCCCCUCCCCUUCGGCCAUAGCCCAUAAACCCGAGGCCCGAGACAGAUAAUCUUCGCCGAUCGCCAGCCCGCCACCCACCCGCACCACCGUCCACCAUGGCCAAAAAGAAGUCGUCGCAUCCUAUGGCGAACAAGGAGGGAGAUCCUGCUCCGGCGGCGGAGGAGGAGCAGGCGCCGCGGCCUCGUGCGCCGCACUGCCCGUGGGUGAUACUGCCAAGCAUAUCGCGCGUCAACGUCAACCUCCUCCCCCCCAGCGACGACUUCAGAUUCAAGCUCGAAUUGCCUCCGCGUACAAGCGCCUUCUCUAUCGCAGGGCGGCUCAUUCAAUCAGGCCAGGACAUGGUCAGCUUCACUGUACCACGGGCCCGCACUAUCGUCUCCCUCGCCCCGCCACAUGCUAGCGCUCCUCACAUAAUUGCGGUACACUCUCGAUUGAUACUCAUCUCCACCGUUAGUGGCAUUCUCUUCGUUUGCGACUCGAACACCCGCGCUGCUACUCGACUUCCCCCCUUCCUCGCCACGGAGUCCAGACAAGAACCUCGUGGAGACGCCACCAGCAGCAUUGGCGUAAUUCAAGACUCCCGCUCAGGCCACUCCAUGGUGGCCUACCUUCUCCGUGCCAAACCGACCACGGGAAGAAAGUCCAUGGAACUUAUUUGCUGGAGCUCUGCAUCUGCGAGCAGUGGUUGGAUGGCUAAGCCCCUUACCACCUGUCCACACCCCCUGGCUUGGGGCGGCCAAGGCGGUGUCAUCACCCAUAACGACAAGCUGUACUUCAUUGAUCUUGCAUUAGGUGUUCUAUGUUGUGACCCGUCCGCUGAGAAGCCAGGCAUGGGGUACAUUCCCCUUCCUGAAACCUGCCAGAUCACCCGAGUGAAUGCCAGAUCAAGCCACAACAUCGAAAAGUGUCGUGGUAUCAAGCUCACCGAAGGAAAGUUAUGCUUCAUUCAGAUUGCGUCCGAUGUGCUUAGCUUAUGGACGGCUGUUGAGUCACAGGAUCCGAGAUGGAUAUGCAAGUUCAAGAUUAAUUUGUAUGACAUAUGGGUAGACAAGACCUACAAGGCAUCCGGACUGAGGCCAGGGAAGGUCCCAGCGAUUGCGCUGGUUGAUCCUAUGAGGUGUGGAGUGGUUUACUUGAUGCAAGAAGAUGUACUAUUCGCGGUGGAUUUACGCAGCAUGCGUACAUGCCUGUCGGACAAAUUCCAGCCGUGCAACGGUGUACUUCAUGCAAGAUGGCAUGCAUGGGUGGUUCCAUCUCCCCUCCAGGAUUGUUUUUGUGGUAGAAAUGAUGGUCCCGAGCAGGAAUCACUGCUGUCUGAUGAUGGCUCAUCUGAUGAUGAAGGUGACUCAAGAUCAUGGAUCUAUGCGCAAGGAACAGUAAGUGCGGGUCAAGCAGCUGUAGAGUUUAUGGAAUCACAGCUAGAAGCAAUUCAAGGCUUCAAAAGACCUGAACAAGAACCUGCUCAAGAUUAUGAGGCCAUUCAAGGUGCCGAAGGAGAAGUACAGUUGGAACACCAAACCGACGGUGAAGCUGAACUGUGGCUAUGGGUCCAUGCUCAAGGAACCAUAAGCGCGGGUGAAGCAGCAGUAGAAUUCUUCGAAUCACAACUGGGUGCUAUCCAAGGUGCCCGAGAAGCACCAAAAUGAUGAUUGAACUCAAGGUGCGUAAGAGGCAUGAAAGACGCCUGUAUUCCUGUAAGAACAAGCUCCCUUACUUACUUGUUAAAUCUGCAGUGGUAGCUGAAAUGUUGUUGUGCUAGGUGUCCUCCUUUCCAGUGGGAAGAACUCCUUUUUUGUGACUUGAAAUAAUUGUGUGAUUCAAAUUUCUGUGCCUGCUAUCUUCUAGUCCCUAGUCAUUUUCUAUGAAGUUGCAUGUAAAAUGGUUGGUCUUGUAUGACGUGAUUUUUUUUUUUGUAAAGAUGGGUAAUUAGGUGCGAAAGUAGACUUGUCAGUGCUUAAUUAGGCAUUCAGUUAGAUGGAGCGAAGAAUUUCACUGGAUGAGCUAAAUAUUUUAUGCGUAGGAUGUAACUGUGGUUUUCGAAUUUGGUAG